GACUGGGACCGUUGGCGAGUGUUCACAAAAACCGGGCUUUGCGCUAAAUGCGCAGUAGUAGAUGUAUACAUAAGUUAGUAAACAUUUUAAACCAGAGCAUGAACAAGAAAUCGUUGCUAAACUUCCAAACACCGUGGAUAUGCGCAUAGAUUGCGCAUAAAUACACAGCACGUGGAAAUUUCUUCCCUGCUGAGGCACAUUUGCACCCAGCAGUCACAUUAAUACUUCAGGAAACAGAAGCGUUCUUUUCCAGCAGAUGAACUUCCUCACUUUCUGUCAGUCGGCAGUCAGUGACAGCGGCCUGUAAAAGCACGUCGACAUGCCGUCGCUUAAAGACUCGCUUGAAUCCGGACUGGACUUCAUUGAAUUUCUGGGAGACAGGGUAUCCAGCAUCAGCAAAAAGGAACUUAAAGUUAUCUACAACUCCAAAUUCAGGGGCAGAAAAGGAAUAAAAGAUCCCAACUUUUCCAAUGUUUUCUUUGCGCUUGUGAAAUUCAACAAAGCCCAGAUAAGGCAGGGACAAGUCUACAUUAAUGCCAGACCUCAGGUUCGAGUGUACUGUGACCAAUGGAGGAGGCCCCGGGCCCCUCAGCCACAGAAUCUGGGCUCUGGCCCUCAGACGCCAGCUGGGACACCUGCUGGCUCCUCCACCCCUGUGGCACCUGUGCUGACCCCAAAGAAAAAACUUGCAUCAGAAAUCCUUCGCAAGUUGAAGGUGAACAGGAAAGAGCUCACGGCUGAUAAGGGCGGCAUCGAGAUCACAUCAGACCCCGUGGAGAGCGGUGGGAAGGUUCAGUUCACUGUGGAUCGCCUGCGAGAGCCGUUCGUUGUCAGGUUCCACAUUGUCAAUAAAGGCACUGACUGCAUCCACUUGACGUACUACACUGCCCUGCACAGGAUCCGCUGUUUCACUCUAGAGGAUGAGAGGAGAGUGACCAGAGCAUCUCCGCUGUUCCUCUGUCCUGGAGAGAGCUAUGAAGUUAAGGUUAAGUACAUUCUGAACCACUAUGGAUAUUUCCCUGCCACAAUGUAUUUCGAGUUCUGCCCAGAUUUGCCUGGAUCGGUGCCCUUCUGCAUUGUCAGGGAGAUAGAAGCUGCAGCCCAGACUCCACUGGCUGUGGAGCUAGGGCCUGUGGCUCCUUAUAAACCAUUUCGGGUGGCUGCUUACAAGCCUGUUGACACCAUUAUAGUAGAUGGAGUACCACCUGACAGUUCUGUUGUGCCUUUGAAGAUGGCAGUGAAAUUAGGAGACUACAAGUAUCAUAAUGACCUGAAGGAUUUGGCUAAACGAAGGAUGGAAGACUCCGAGUACCUCUCUCCAACUGCCAAACAGAAACUUGCAUCAGUGAAGGGUCUCCUCAGUUGUCCCUUAAAGAUGAAGAACUACUCGCAUCGGUUUCACCUCCUGCUGCACCUUGAAGAGAUACAGAUGGAGGUUGACAUCCGAAAGUAUGAUCUCCACAAUCAAACCAUGACCGAAGACCAAGGCAACAAAAAACUCCUGAAACUCAGAGUUCCUGGUGUCGCUGAGAAUCGGCCAUCUGUGCUUCGAGGAGAUUGUCUGAGAGUAUCCAAAUCUGAGGACACCGUCCAGCCCAUUACUGUGUAUACCGGAUAUGUUCACAGAGUAGAACUGGACAGUGUGACGCUGGGUUUCUCAAAAAAGUUGUUGCAGCUCUUUAUCAGCAAUAUGAAGUUUAAUGUGGAGUUUACUCUCAACCGGUACCCUUUGAAGCUACAACACAGGGCUGUGGACCUGGCAGUAAAACAUCAACUUGAGGAGGUGCUGUUUCCAUCGGGUGCAGCAGUGGCUAGUGUGCCCAUGCCUAAACUCAGGAUGUUUAAUCGACAGCUGGAAAACAACCCGGAGCAACAUGCUGCAGUCCAACGCAUUGUAGCUGGAUCAUCGAAACCGGCUCCUCAUCUUGUUUUUGGGCCUCCUGGAACUGGAAAGACAAUCACUGUGGUUGAAGCAAUCAAUCAGGUCAGCAAGGCAGAUCCAUCAGCCCACAUCCUCGCCUGUGCACCUUCAAACAGUGCAUGCGACCUGCUCUGUGAAAGACUAAAAGUAAACAUGGAUUCUCAUCAGAUUUACCGCGUGUACGCCAACAGCCGAGACCCAAACAGCAUCCCCAAGAGUCUCCUGAAAUACUGUAACUGGGACAAGAGCAAAGACAGCUUUGUGCCUCCACAGAAAGAGGUUACGAUGAAGUACAAAGUCGUAGUUACAACUAUGGUCACAGCUGGCAGGCUUGUGUCUGGAGGGAUCCCAGUUGGCCAUUUUUCGCAUGUGUUUGUGGAUGAGGGAGGCCAAGCUGUAGAGCCAGAGUGUGUCAUUGCUAUUGCAGGUCUGCUCGAUGCAGAGAAAGGUCAGCUGGUGCUGGCAGGAGAUCCUAAGCAGCUGGGACCAAUCCUUCGAUCUCCUUUUGCAAUAGAACAUGGACUCGGGCUUUCUCUACUGGAGAGGCUGAUGAGACAUAAUUCGUUAUAUCAGAAAAAUACAGACGGGCAUUUUGACACUCGCUUUGUCACCAAACUGCUGCGAAACUACAGGUCACACAGUGCCAUUCUGAAAAUCCCCAAUGAGUUGUUCUAUGAAAAUGAACUGCAGGUGUUUGCUGACCAAUGGGAGCGUGAGACCUAUUGCAACUGGGAAUACCUCCCGAAGAAGGGUUUUCCAGUGAUCUUUCAUGGAGUGAUGGGCAAAGAUGAGAGAGAGGCGAACAGUCCGUCUUUCUUCAACGUGUCUGAGAUUGAAGUCCUGAUCGACUACCUCACCAAACUGAUGGAAACGCAAGGAAAGAAGGGUCUCCCCAAACUGUCUGCAACAGACAUCGGAAUAAUCGCCCCCUACAGAAAACAAGUUGAGAAAAUCCGGAAGGCCCUGAGACUUGUCCCAGCACUGAGUCGCUGGAGUGAUCUCAAAGAGCUGAAGGUCGGCUCUGUGGAGGAGUUUCAGGGACAAGAGAGGAAGAUCAUUAUGGUCUCCACCGUCCGUAGCAGCAUCAACUAUGUCAAGAUGGACACAGACUUCAAUAUUGGAUUCCUGUCAAAUGAAAAAAGGUUCAACGUAGCCUUGACGAGAGCCAGGUCCCUGCUUAUAGUGGUGGGAAACCCUGUGAUCCUCAAGAAGGACCCAACAUGGGAGAAGUUCAUCAGCUACUGUGUGAAGGAGAAGGGCUACACUGGAUUUGACUUCAGCGACGCGGAAGGGGAAGAUGAUAUUGUGUCUAGACUGGCGACGCUGAAAAUCAGCAUGGAUUCUGAAUGUCCUGUUCCAGAGGAGAGUGCCAUUCAGCAGUUUGUGGACCCUGGGUGGAAAAAUGAGCAUUAACAUUUCCUCUAAAUUUGGACAUAGCGUCUGCGAUAGAUAGAUUUAAAGCCAUUUGAAUGCAUAGCAAGUGUCAGUCUUUUAUUUUAUUCUCUCUCUUACUGCUUUAAGACCAUAUCCUUUUUAUGAACCUUUUAAGAGCAGUUUGGAUAUUUAAGUGCAAUAAAUGCUCCUGUUUCUAAUCACAAUGGCAAAAUGAAGUAGUGAAUUUUGGCUUUUUACACUUACCUGAUCUGUUUAUUUAGCCCAGUUAACAUAACUAUGGCUGUACAAAUGCUAAAAUUUCCUACGGACGGGAAAAGAAUGGAAGAUCAUUUUAAUACACUGAUUUAUCACCGUAUGUCUUAUGACUUAUGUCAAUUCAAAACUUUAAAAAAUAAUAAACUGACUUUUUGAUCUGCUGUAUAUUAUAUUACACCGUGGUGCCUGAUCAUUUCCUUUAGCAGCAUCGUCCUGUUCAAGAAUGGACUGAGGAGACUGGUCUGUCUAUUCGCAAAAAUAGUUUAUUAACAAUGUUCAUGUUCACUUCAGCUCAAAUGUUCACUACAACACUUUCUGUUUACAAAGCAUUAUUACAAUUAGCUUUUAUAGAAAUCUGGAUCCUUUUAAUUCAUUUCAAAUACUUCCAGAGAGAGAAACAAAAGUUGCACAACACUGAGCUGAAGCUGUUCCCAAAGAGGUGUGCGAUGUUAGUGCUUCUGUAAGACCCAUGGAUUUCUCAUGCAUGCAUCAAUUAUAGCAAGGACAUUUUAUAGCGGGACAUUAUUGGCAUACACAUGAACAUCAGUAUAGUACAUGCUCUUAGUGAUAUGUUCAACACUAGCUCCUCCGCUGCUCUAUGGGAACGUUUUCAAUCGUUAUGAUUCUACUCCCAGCUUUAAGUUACUUAACUCUCUGCCGAUCUCUAAUUCCCAAGUAUUCCUUGCGAGAGCUUGUUAAGACACGUCAACACCAUGCCACCACUAUGAAAUGUUUUCAUUGAUAAGAAGUUGUAGAGAUAUGAAUGUUUACCCUUGCCCAAAUGGUGUGCUUGUUGUCCAUAUUAGUGCACAGAGUCCCGAGUUAAAAGUAGCAUCCACCCUCUAAAGAUUGGAGGGUGGAUAAAACAUUAGUACGUUGCUUGUGUGCGUUUGUCGGCUAAAACAAUCACAACACCUCGUCUCAGCUGUAGCCUCUUUGCUGGCCCGCUCAUUUAAAGCAUCCUUUAUGUGCUUCACCAGCAGAGGGUUUAAAUUUGCAUUACACACAGUUUUACAAUAAUAGAUAUAGAUACCUUGCCAACUGGUAGGUUUGACGCUUUUAAUGGAAUUGGAAGAAGGCUGCAUGCAACACAUAUGAUUUUGUUUUUGCCACGUAUAUUAAGAAAUCCACCCUUCAUGCAACCAGUGGACAUGUAAAGUAGAUGACUGAGCAACAGUGGUGUGAAAGAGUGUGCCUCAGGACAGUCGGUGGGGGCCUUUCAGGAAUAUCAAGCUAUUAUCAGGUGAAGUUCAGUAGAGUAUGCUGCGAGGAUAUGAGCAAAUAGAGAUACCAGACAGACGAUCUGACAUGUCCUAGUGAACUAAAA